UUCUGACAUUCGGCUGGUACUUUGGGAGGAGCUUCAAGUGGCUGGUCGAAAAUGAUGUCGGCUACAUCAAAUAUGUUUUUGACCGCCACUUGGAGGAGACCCAGGACCCAAAGAGAAAAACUCCCAUCAAUGACGGGUGGCUGAAGGACAGCCUGAUGAGCUAUGUGACGCUGUUCCCCCCCGUCUCUUGUCACCUUGAGGUCAACGUGGAUCGGGCCAUUUACGGCCAGGGGCAGUUCAAGUCCUUCACCUUCCUUGAAAUGUGGAGCUGGUACAGCCUGCAUACACGCCACCAGGCUGACCCACAAGCUGGGAGUGAACAAGAAAGAAAGAAGGCGCGGGAUGCUCAUGCCGCUGUGAAGCAGUGGCUGCUUAAAAAGGAGGGUGACAUCACCACCAAGUCCCUCAAGCGCUUCCGGGCGUACAUUUUGGAGAAAGAGAAGUCUCAGUCGGGCGCCGCUCGUCCUGCUGCCACUCCGUCUGCUGCUGCGGCCACUCCAUCUGCUCCUCCUACAGCCACUCCGUCGGCUGCUGCCGCUGCUACAUCCUGCGCGUCGUGGUGUGAUGACGAUGACAUCAUGCUAGAUGCCCUCGUCACCUUUGAGAGUAGUCAAGGGAAGCCAGCUGACGAGCUGUCCACCAGCCAGCCACAGCCUGCUCCUCCUGCCGCUGCUCCUCCUCCUGCCGCUGCUCCUCCUGCCGCUGCUCCUCCUGCGUCUCCUGGGCCUCCACUCCUCACUGAAUCUGGGCAGCGGGCCAAGAAGUCUGCCAAGAAGAGUCAGAAACGGCAGCCUGCUCCUCCUGCUGCCGCUGCUCCUCCUGCGUCUCCUGAGCCUCCACUCCUCACUGAGAAGCGGGCCAAGAAGAGUCAGAAACAGCAGCAGCCUGCUCCUCCUGCUGCCGCUGCUCCUCCUACUCCUGAGCGUCCACUCCUCGCUGCAUCCGAGAAGCGGGCCAAGAAGUCCGCCAAGAGUCAGACACUGAAGACCACACUGGCCUCCAAGUCCGCAAAGAGUCAGACACAGCCGCCGCCGUCGCCCAGUCAGCCUGCGCCCAAACCGUCCUCCAGGUCCGCAAAGCGUCAGACGCAGCAGCCAGCGCCAUCCACCGAGCAGCCUGCGCCCAAACGGCCCUCCAGGUCCGCCAAGAGUCAGACACGGCCGCCGUCGUCGCCCAGUCAGCCUGCGCCCAAACGGCCCUCCAGGACCUCCAAGCGUCAGACGCAGCAGCCAGCGCCAUCCUCGCCAAGUCAGCCUGAAGCGCAGCAGCCCGAGACGUCCACCAGCCAGGUCGCUCCUGACGCUCGCCCUGAGCCGCAGCCGUCACCGUCGCCCUCCAACAGCCAGUCUCAGCCUGCCUCUGCCGCCGCGUUGUCGCAGAGCGACUCUCCUGUGGAGCUGGAAGGCUGGGUGAGGCUAUGGGAGGACCCUAGCGGCAUCCCAGCGGCAGACGUCACCUGGUUGAAGGAGGACAGCGAGCGAGGGCUUUUCACCUCGGUGCAGACCUUCAAGGACGUCAGGGGGCAAAUCAAGAGGCGGCGGGUCCUGAAGUCGGACCGCAUGUGGUUUUACCCACCCGAGCCACCUGGCUACCUCGGCGGCGGCGUUCCCUCUCCUCAGCCCUUUUUCCGGAGCCGCUUGUUCUUCUGGCGCCCUGUUGGCGUGUGGCGGUGCUCCAUCAGCUGCCCGCGUGGUGACGCGUGCGCGGGGGCCGGACGCAACACCCAUCUCUCCAAAUCGGGUUACCACAUUCGGGUGCGGCACAUCUGCGAUGUGUCGGGGUGGUACUCCAUGUGCUGCGAAGUGCUCUGCUGCGGGCCGUGCCUCAAGGCAGCCAGGGGGGGAGACGGUGGCCCCAUGGGCCGUUGGCUGGCCUGGGACGACGCCAUCCUGCGCCAGCUGAGCGAGGCUCACCAGGCCAUGUUUCCGGCUGUCCUCACGGCCAAGCGCGGGGUCGACAAGAGCGUUCUCAACCUGUUGCGCGACCGCACAGAGGGCAACACCAUGGCCAAGGUGUGGCGGCAGGUGCGGGAGAACCACAUGGAGGAGCACAACCGCAGGCGGGACCUCUACACCACGCUCCUCAUGGCUUUGGUGCGACCGGGCAGCAUCGUGUCCGCGCUCGGCCACGGAGAGUUUCGGCCGCCUCCUCCUCCCAGGGAGCUUCCCUGCGAGCGGCUCCUGCGGCACGCCUUUCUCCUGGCGGAGGCCAACAACGUCCAGGAUUACCGGAGCCAAAUUCUGUCCACGUUUGGCACGGUCCUGAAAAUGGACUCCACAAAGAAGGCAAGUGGUGAAGAAGCUCUCUGGGAGGGCAAGGGGCUCGCCGGCCAGUGGUUCACCAGCAUCGGCAACGAACUCUCCCAGAUCGUGUCCUUUGUUCUCACCUGCGAGGAGUCCGUAGAGAAGUUGGAGCCCAUGUGCCGUGGAGUUAUGGAGAGAUUCCGCCUCGCCAACCAGCCCGUCCCCCAGAUCCUUUACAUCGACCGGGGAUGCUGCAGGGCGCAGGGUCCGACGGCUGUGGAGACCCUCUUCCAGCCUUGGGUGGACAACGGGAUGGUGGUGAGGCUGGAUAUCUUCCACUGGCUCCAUCGCUUCGACGCCGCUCUGCGGACAGAGGCUCACUCCAAGUACCCCGCCUUGAAGUCUGCGCUGGCCGGGGCGGUGUUGGCCUACAACCGCCAGGACCUGGAUCUGCUCAUCGCGGCCGUCAGGGCCAGAGACUCGUCCGUCAUGGAGGCCGUGUCGGACGAGGAUGUGGUCCGACGCUACAUCUCGCGGGAGCAGCUAAAGCACCAAGUCCGACGGGUCACCCUCGGCGCCCAUGAGACGUUUCGCCUCAUUCACCUCAUCAUCGAGGAGCUGAAGGGUCCGGCUGGGCUCGAUGAGAGUGGCGUCAGCCUCUUCAAGUCCACUGCUGCCAUCAAUGAGAUGUGGGCCAGCCAGCAGCGACACCUGGAAUGCAUCCAGGAUCCAUCAGGCAUGAGCAUGUACCGUGUUGUCCGCACCACCACCAUCAACGGUGUGGAUGUCCCGUAUUACAAGUUCCAGGUCCCCACACCAGCGGCGCGGCCCUACCAGGUGUACUUGGUCAGCGGCAUCGCGCGUUGGAACGCCGACAGGAGCUCGGCGGCUGUGUUUGGAGGUCGGCAGAGGUCCAGCGUCUACUCUGCGCCGCUCGUGGACCGCCUCAACGCUCGCUGCCAGCUGCUCUUUUCGGGAGGCCGUCGAUCAGAAUUUCCGCCCCGCCCAGCGUUCGAUCCGGCCGAGCUGCCGGGCUCGAAUACUUGUUUCGCCAGAGCACGGGGAACGGCCUACCAAAGCGGCGAGGACCUGGAAGACAUAGAUGCUGCCCGCAUCACGCUGACCAACAACGAGACGGCCACUGUCCAUCCGCCAGCCUUUGAGGACGCCUGCAGUGCCAAUCCCCUCCCUGGGUUCCAGGAGCUGGAGGCCUUCUGCGCUACGCUAGUGCAGCUUGGGGGUGCUGACCAGAAGCUCCAGCUCACCACCGACCAGCGCAACGCCAUCCUCGACGCCUGGAAUGCGGUGGAGGAGCAUGACAAGCAGCCACAGAAGUACCACCAGCUGUACCGCACGCACUGGGGCAACACCUUGUACUGCCGUACAAAGAGGGAUGACCUCGGCGAAGCCGCCCUGAUCCAGCGGGUGAAGAUGGCCAGGAGGUACGCGCCGGCCCAGCAGGACAUCAGCGCGCAGCACAACCGCCUCAUGUACGUGCUGGUCAGGCUGCUUUGGUUGAGUCCUCUCGAACCAGCCCGGAAAAGGCCAGCAUCCUCAAGGCCUAUGAACUCAUACAGCACAGGGUGUUGGUGGACGACCCGGUGCUGUCCAAGGCGGGCAUCCCUCUCCCCAAGAUCAACGUCAAAACGAGCUUCCUCCAGCGCCACGGCAACCCGACGUCCUCCCUCCGCCCGACUACCCGGUGAUGGAGUACGUACCAACGGCCAGCACGGCCGGCACCAAGAAGCUGAGGGGACGGGCUGACAUGGCGGCGCCGUCGCAGCUUCCUCCUCCUCAGCCGCUGCUUCCUCCUCCUCAGCCACUGCCUCUUGUGCGGCCGCUGCAGAGACCCCCCGCCACCUUCAGCAUCACCGAGCCUGUGCCCACCCCCGCGCAGUCUGUGGCGGGCCCCUCCUCCACACAGACCGCGCCGACUGCUGCGCCCUUGGCUCGGCUUGUGCCCAUCCUGCCUGCCCCUGCUCUCGCUGGGCCUUCCUCCAGCCAGACCCACGCUGCUCCAGCUUCCUGGUCCAGGUCGACCCAUUACAAAAGGAAGCUGGUGGCAGACCAACCCACCCAAGUUGGGGCGAAGCUUUUCAGGGUCCAGCACAUCCCCAAUUGCAAGGUGUGUGGCCAACCUAUACAGGGACAUAAAAAAUACAAAAAGAAAACGUAUUGCCCUGUGAAAGACAUGUCACCCUCCAAGGGCCUGGACAACAGGUUUACAGAAACUUUGCCCAAUUUGUCGCCGUCAUAGAUGGCUUGGAGGACUGACACUGUACAAAUUGUAAAUACUUUUUUACCUGUAAUCUGUGUUAUGGUCUUACAAGUGCCCGUUAUCAUGGCACGUUUUUCUCUGUUGUGCACCGUUCUGUUUUAUGCACUUUCUAACUUGUUAUCUAUGUUCUGGUCUUACAAAAGCCCGUUGCCUUGGCACUUUUCGCUGUGCUUUGCAGUGUUUUGACUGUACAAACUGUACAAUAGUUUUUGACUUGUUAUCUAUGUUCUGGUCUUACAAAUGCCCGUUACCUUGGCACCGUUCGCUGUGUUUUGCAGUGUUCUCCUAUUUUAUGCACUUUCUGACUUGUGUUUUGCAGUGUUCUCCUAUUAUGCACUUUCUGACUUGUUAUCUAUGUUCUGGUCUUACAAAUGCCCG